CGCUCCACGAGGUAGAACGACGAUCGUAGACACGACGACGUUAGGAGACCGGUUACGACGUUAACGCGCGCACGGGCCCGCAGCUUCGAACGCGUAAGGCCCCCGGCUAACUCGCCCUCCAUCACGCAUCGACGCGCCGCGUUCGUCACGCGCUGAUCGCGACGAAAUUUUUGGACCCUUGCGACGGAAGAACCUUCGGCGAAAGUGUCCUUUCGGCAUCUCACGCGACGUGGAUUCACCCGCGAGACGCGAUAUCUCUUUUCUCGGCGACGAGCGGGACGCGACUUUAGUUCGGCUGUCGGUAGAUCUAAACGCGUUUGCGCUACGUCUCGGUGUACAUUUUGAAAGUAUAAACAUCAAGGAGAUGAUGCUGUUUCCAGGAAUCCUGUAGAACCCCGAAGCAGAAGACUCCUCGUCUGGACGAUGGAAUACUCGGGAUAGAUCGCAGAACUGUCGAGACGAGAAGUGACGUUUCCACUCUGCCCGCUCGACGAGAGAAGUUUCCGGUCCACGUUUCAUCACAAGUGACUGAAUCGUCGGUGGACCGUCGAUACACAACCGAUAUAUUGCACCCGCGACUCUCUCGGUAUCUCACCAAGACGACACAUCGUCGCCCCCACCUGUGAGCAUCACGCGUCCAGCCACGCGAUCAGCGGGACCAGCGAUCCGGAAGGUUUCGCACGACAACAGCUGACCAACGAGCCGGGUAUUCUUAAUGAACACCCAAUCCACGGUGAUUGACCACGUCGCCCGGCCGCAUCGAGCUACGACGUCAUCAGGGUGACGAUGAUUCUGUCGGAAUCUUAAAAGCUUCGCCAGGACCAUCGCUAUUCGAACAAGAAGCUCGACCGAGUAUUUUGGAGCUUUUCCGAAAAGAAUAAAAUUCGCGAUCGCGAGUCGGCAAGGUGCAACCGACUGUCAAAGUUACAAUCGGGGUGGUGCCGUGACAAUUUAACACGUGUGGACCUGUGCGGGUAUGAGAGACUGCUGUGAGCGGUGCGACGGGCCGCCCGAACGGUGAAGUGAGCCACCGCGGGGUGUUCAGUGAGCGCGCGCUUCCAGAGACUUCAACGCCCUGCAAGGAAAGAUAACCGAGGGAUAUAACCAGACGGCGAAGACGACCGCGACGACAACGACGAGGCUAUUCGUAUUCCGAAGGCGACGUGGGGUUGAACGGACGCCUCGUCCGACUCGGCGAGGUGCUGUUCGAGGUAGAGAGGGGUUACGAGAGGAGAGGGUUGGAAGGAGAGUGGCGUGCUAUGAUCAGCAUGGAGCUUCCGGCACACGCGACGCAGCAUGGUGCCCUACAUCUGGGGGUCGGAGUCGGGGUCAAUCCGGGUGACCCAGCCGGAAGUGCCUUAGCCGCCAUUCACCCGCAUCCCCAGGACCCUCUGGCUCUUCAUCAUCACAAUCACGGCGCUGCGACACCCGGAGGUAUGCAUGAGGAGUCCAAGAAAAAACAUGACGGCGGCCACGGGAUGAACCAGGACGGUCACGGCGGAGUCAACCAGCUCGGUGGCGUCUUUGUGAACGGAAGGCCCCUACCGGAUGUAGUCAGGCAGAGGAUCGUUGAGCUCGCGCACAGCGGCGUCCGACCAUGCGACAUUUCGAGACAACUCAGGGUAUCUCACGGCUGUGUAUCCAAGAUACUGUCGAGGUAUUAUGAGACCGGGAGCUUCAAGGCUGGUGUCAUAGGCGGCUCCAAGCCGAAGGUGGCAACGCCGCCGGUCGUCGAGGCGAUCGCCAAUUACAAGAGAGACAAUCCGACGAUGUUCGCGUGGGAGAUCCGGGACAGAUUACUGUCCGAAGGCAUUUGCUCGCAAGACAACGUGCCAUCCGUCUCCUCUAUCAAUCGGAUCGUGAGGAACAAGGCGGCGGAGAAGGCGAAGCACGCGCAUCAGCAACAGCAGGCACAGCAGCAGCAAGGUCAGCAGCAAGGUCAGCCGGGAUCGGGCGGCUCCGUGUCGGUGAUAGCGCACGCACCUGCGACAGCGGCGGGCCAGCCCGCUGCCACCGCUCCCAACGCCUACAGCAUCAGCGGUAUCCUGGGCAUUCCGGCGCACCAUCAGGAUCCCAACGGCAACAGCAUCAAGAGGAAGCGCAGCGUUGACGACGACAACCGCGACCUGAACGAUCACGCCGAGAACGACCUGAGGAGGCAGAGAAGCAACUACAACGGCGAUCAGCUGUAUUCGAACCUGUGGUCGAGUAAAUGGAGCAUCAAGGACGAGCACAAGCUCCUGAGCGAGCUCGGCAACUGCGGAGGCGGAGGUGCGACCGGCGGUACGAACGGCAGUGGAAACGGCGGCGGUGGAAACGGCGGAAGUGGCGGAAGCGGCGGCGGCGGCGGUGGCGGCGGCGGUGGCGGUGGCGGCGGCGGCGGCGGCGCCGGCGGCGGUUACUACGAACACGGAUUCCCCGGGAACGCUAUUGCCACCUCCGCCGAGCUGUACGACUCCCUGGGCACCAUCAGCACGAUGACGCAGGCGCAAACGCCCCAUCUCUACACCCCGCCCAUAGGGGGUACCAUAGCAGGUGGUACUUUGACGCCGCUCGCGCCACUGACGAUGCAAGAACUAAAAUUGAGCCAAACAUUGGACGGGGCUAACAUGUCUCCUUACCACACCACCGCUGAGAGCAGUACCGUCGCAGUAUCCUAUGUCGGGGUGGGGGCCGGUGGGGGCGAGCAAAGUCCCCGUUCGUUGCAGAACGAGACAAACGCCACCCCCGCGGCCCCCAACACCCCCGGAGGGGAUCCCGGACUGACGGUCUUGCAGCCGCCAGUUUCUCAGCCCCAGGUAGCCACUGCGAUACCGCCGUACUCGACGAUGCUACCAAGUUUCGGACACUACGCUACCGGUGGUGGCGAUUACGCGUACAGCGCUGCAUACUCCCAGUAUUCGAGUGCACCGUACAGCGGCUACGGCUAUGGAGCAGCGACAAGCGGGUUGCUCAACUCCACGUACUAUUAUUGCAACGGAGACACGUCCACCCACACAUCGCAGCAAGGCGGCGGCUGCACCAGCGGCGGUCCGGAGAGCAGCGCGGACGUGGCCAGUCGCUCGCCUCUGGCGGCCACCAGGGCCAGCAGCGGGGCCAGCGCGGCCUCGCCGACCGGAAGCGCCUGCACGAAGCCGGACCACACCUCCGCCACACCAACGGAUCUCUAUCUAGCUUGAUGGUCGAGCCGCGCGACGGGAGAACGACUUCUGCCUCUCGGCCGAUCAACGGAAGGACAGCGAACUGCGACAACGGACGCCAUAUCACGUUGAAGAGACAUCAUGUCGAAAUUAAACAAUGAUCUCCUUUUAACCGCUUCGGAAACGCACGGUGGACGGUUUCCGAGCGCUAGAAUCCACCGCCCAGUGGAUCUACGGCAGCGAGGAAGAUUAACGCAUUGAUGAGGAAAAUUGGGACGGCUCGACGAGCGCUCUCUCUCUUUCUCUCUCUACGCUGAUGAAAACCCGGAUGAGUGACAGGAAUGCGUGGAGAAGAUUCUAGGAUUAGCUACAUUCUAUAUUUUAUCGCGUUCGAGGUGGACGAUAGGACUCGGGAAUUUCAUUCGAUUGGAAUCCAACGAGCGCGCGAUGUGCGUAAAGCAAACUUGACUCAAGUGAUGGGCGAUAUCAACAUCGGCGUAAAGAGUUUCCUCGCAUCGCCGCCGUUCCGCAAUAAACGUGUCCUCUCUACGUUUUAUUUAUUUAUCGGAAAACACUUAUUGACCGAUCGAUUCAUAAAUUUCCGACGGCGGUGAUGCGAGCGGAUCUCGAAUGCUCGUGAGCCGACCGCAUUGCAAACGGCGUCGCCGCUCUCUGGAGAGCACACGGCGAUAGGUAGUUUAAUUUAAUGAUCCUCAGUUAGCGUAAUUUCCGCGCGAUGGUCGCGACAGCGUUUCAGCGAGCGCGCGCUCACUCGCUCGCUCGCAUUAGCGGAUGCACAGUCGCAGACCAUGUAAAUAUAUAUAAAUUGAACAUAUAUAAAUAAGAACAAGAAAUAUAUAUAUAUAUUAUAUAUAUAUAUAUGAUCCGUGUAAACAAAAGUCAAGCGCCCUGAUGGCACGUUUUUUCUCUCCCGUAGGCACGACGACCCCUCAUCCUCCCUAAGAGUAUCGUAGAUUGUAACUCGAUAAGUUUGAGAUUUUUAAAUCAGGAGUCGACGUAACGAUCACUACUGUUAAGGAUAUUAUAUAUAUUUUUUGUAGAAACCAAAGACCACACACGCGCGAGUAAACCGCACUUUACACAUGUCACACGCAUACACACGCACGCAAGCACGCAGGCACGCACCGAAAACACACAUACAGGAACGCGGAUUGUCGAACGAACGAGCAACGUCGCGCAGCUGUGACAAAAAGCGUGACCCUUGCGCCGGUUUUGAGCGGCCUAUUCCAUGCGGAUAAGUAAUGUGUAUUCGCGAACGCGUGUAGGAUCGACGCAAAACUUAAUUUAUUUCGAAAGUAACUUGUUACGAUGAAAAGUCCAAAAGAAUUAAAAGAUGGGUAAUUCCAUUGAAUUUUUAAAAAUUUUUUGUUAAAAUAACUAUGUUAUAAUUGUGAGUCGUGUUAAAAUAUCGAUCACUGUGGUAUAGAAAAUGCUCUUUCUUAUUCGUAGUAAUUAGCGCAAGUCCGUGCGUGGACACUUCCUCAACGGUCCGGCAAUCACGCUCGUUCUCCCGUUCCGUUCGACGCCUUCGCUGCGCUUCCGCUUUGCGGCGGAAGUCUUACUGCUUCCCGCUGGCCGUCGGGCGGAACGUACAGCAGAAGAUUAUCACGAAGGCGCAAUUAGCGCUAGGCGUCGGCGAUUUUUAAUGAGAAAUUACGAGCGCACGCGCUCUCCGAUUUAAUAAUGGCGUUAAUCAUUGACGCCACGGCGGCACGCGCUGCCAAUUUUAUGCGUCUCGAAUUAAUCCAACCGGUCUGCCGGAUAUGAUGUUGUAAAUCGAAAAUUUCAAGACGAUACUUAAUCUGAUUAUUUCUAGUCACACUCAAAAGAGAUGCGCUAGUGAACAAAAUAUUGCAACGUGUUAAAUUGAAUAUGUUAAAUUAAAAUGGCAAUUUAAACAACAAUUAUAUAUAUUAUCUUAAAUUAUUAUCUUAGCGCUAAGCGUCAAUGUAAAAUAUUCUUUCAACUUAUUAGCGUCGAUCCAAAGCGUACUCGCGAAGUCGAAAUUAUCAUCAUUGAUCCCAGCCGAUUGGCCAAAUUCUCGAAUCUCUCGCGCGAUGUUCCGUCCGUGUCAAUCGCCUUUUAUUCGAUUAGACCGUACUUCAUCGCAAAAAUUGAACGUUUAGUCUCUGUCGUCUGCGUUACGCUCUUUAGCAAUUUAUGUUUUAAUUUACUCUAUUGUAAAGAUAAAUUUAGUAAUUGCACAUGAAAUCACUAGAUUGCUCCUCGAACUGCAAUUUAUUUGAAAUCACAAUGCGCCACGAUAGCGUAAUAUAAAGCCGAGCGAAAAUAAACAACGCAACACACGAAAAAAAAUGUGUUGGCGUACUACAAAUACCAGUGAUAAUUUCAGCUCGGCGUUGUUGAAAUAAAAGGCACAAUUUUUUGUUUUUUUAGAAAAGUUCGAGGAGCAAUAUCCAACGCGUGCGUGCACGAGAUACAUAUUUGAAUUUUAAUUGGCCAAACACCGGCUGGAUCAGGUGUUCUGAUGUUCUGAUGCUCGGUACGAUUAUCCCGCGACUACAAUCGAUAUUAUUGCGUACUUAUAUAUUGUUAUUUUAUUACUAUUAUUGUAAUGAUGCUGAUUAUUAAUUCUUAUUCUAUUUGCUAUUUCCAUUAUUUUAUCACGAUUUAUUAUUAUAUAUUAUUAUUAUUCUAUUAUUAUUCUAUUAUUAUUAUCACGUCACAUCAUCUUUAUUAUAUUAUUAUUUAAUACCUUUAUUAUUUAUUAAUUGUAACGACGACCUAUGUGUAAUAAGUUUUGCCAAAGAACCCGUUGAAAGAGCAAUAUUGCAGUAAAACGUUUUAUAGCCUCCAUAGGAGGAGAAGCAGUCGAUUAUAAUAUGGAAUUAAACGUGAAAAAUGUGAAGAGAAAAACGACUGUGUACGCGGUAUUCGAGCAACGGGCGGAAUUGUGAAUUCGUCAGCGCGAACUGUGUGAAUUCCCGAAUCUGAGAUUUCGACUCGAACGCCGUGACCAUGCAUUUUUGACCGUAUACCGCAACCGAGCAUACGAUUAUCUCAUCUUAUGUCAUCAUUUGUCCUGUGUGAUAUUCUUGUUCCGUGCGCCGCUCUUGCCGAGUCUCGCUGUUGAUACUUGCAAACAAAAAAACUCUGUACAUCCUUUUUAAAUAAAUAUGAGGUUUAUAUG